AUGUAUACAAUUGAGUUUCAAAAGAGAGGAUUACCACAUGCUCACAUCUUAAUUUUCCUCCAUCCAUCUAACAAAUAUCCAACUCCAAGUGAUAUUGAUCGCAUUAUUUCAGCUGAAAUACCUGACCAAGAUACCAAUGAAGAGUUGUAUAAUUUGGUUAAAACUCACAUGAUUCAUGGCCCGUGUGGAUUUGCAAAUCGAUCUUCACCGUGCAUGAAAGAUGGAAAAUGUUCUAAAUAUUUUCCAAAACAGUUUCAGCCCGAAACAAUUGUUGAUCAAGAUGGGUUUCCGAUAUAUAGAAGAAGGGACAAUGGACAUACAGUUCUUAAGAAUGGAAUUCAAGUCGAUAACUGGAAUGUUGUUCCAUACAAUGCAAAGUUGUUGACAAAGUACCAAGCUCACAUAAACAUGGAAUGGUGCAAUCAAAGUACAUCGAUUAAGUACUUAUUCAAGUACAUCAACAAAGGUUACGACAGAAUCACCGCUGCCAUUGUACCGAAUGAUGAUGGAACUUCCAACCAGCCGCAUAAUAUUGAUGAGAUCAAACAGUAUAUUGAUUGUAGGUACGUUUCUCCGAGUGAAGCAUCUUGGAGGAUAUUUUCCUUUCCAAUCCAUGGUAGAAAACCAGCUGUUGAGAGAUUGUACUUUCAUUGUGAAGGUCAAAAUUCGGUAUAUUACACUGAUUUUGAUCGUAUCAAUACAGUUCUGGAAAAACCAAGUGUAACUGAAUCGAUGUUUACAUCAUGGUUCGAAGCAAAUUGCAAGUAUCCUGAAGCACAAAAUUUAACUUACAACAAAUUUGUUUCAAAAUUUGUUUAUGUUAAGAAAAAAAGAGAAUGGAAACCCCGUCAAAAAGGUUACACAAUUGGUAGGCUUAUAUGGGUUCCUCCAACAACUGGCGAAUUGUACUAUCUUAGAUUGAUGCUCACACAUGUCAAAGGCCCCCGCAGUUAUAAUGAUAUAAAAACAGUGAAUAACGUAAAAUAUGAUACUUUCCGGGAUGCCUGUUUUGCUAUGGGUUUUAUCGGCAAUGAUAGAGAAUUCAUUGCAGCUAUUAAAGAGGCAAAUCAUUGGGGUUCAGGCAGCAUUAACAGGCCAAGACAUGUAUGGAGUAAAACAUGUCAUCUCUUAGCUGAUGGAAUACUAUAUGCUCAACAGCGAAUUGCAAACAAUAGAGGUUUGAGGUUGUCGGAUGAAGAGAUAAUGAAUUUAACAUUAAUUGAGAUUGAACGAAAUCUUCAAAGGAAGAGCCGAAGUCUAAAGGAAUUUGCUGGAAUGCCUUAUCCAAGUGGAUAUGUGGUAAAUAUGUUAAAUGUUUAUGAGCAAAGAGGUGUAUUCAAGCGAAUAAUGGAAGCAGUAAACAAUCAACAAGGAGGCGUAUUUUUUUUGUAUGGAUACGGUGGCACAGGGAAAACCUACAUGUGGAGAACUCUAGCUUCCUACAUAAGAUCAAAGAAACAAAUUUGUUUAACUGUUGCUUCAUCGGGCAUAGCUUCACUACUACUUCCAGGAGGUCGAACGGCUCAUUCAAUGUUCAAGAUUCCAAUACCUACAAUGGAGUCUUCUACAUGUAAUAUCGACAAAGGUAGUGAUCGUGCAGAGCUACUAAAAAUGGCAAAGUUGAUAAUUUGGGAUGAAGCUCCAAUGGCACACAAAUUUUGUUUUGAAGCGUUUGAUAAAACCCUUAAAGACAUAAUGGGGCGUUCCAAUUGUUCUGACAAAUUAUUCGGAGGGAAAGUAAUUGUAUUUGGUGGAGAUUUUCGGCAAAUAUUACCAGUUAUAUCAAGGGGCAGCCGUUCAAAUAUAAUACAUUCUACAAUAAAUUCAUCAUACAUCUGGGAUCAUUGUGUUGUGCUGAAGCUUACAAAGAACAUGCGACUCCAACAAGCCGACAAUACUUCAAGUACAUCUGAAUUAGAAUUGUUUUCUAAUUGGAUAUUAAAAGUUGACGAUGGGAAAUUGGAACAACCUAACGAUGGUUACACGGAUAUUCCUAUUCCAAAUGAUUUCUUAAUUUCUAACUAUGAUGAUCCACUAGAAGCCAUUGUUAGUGAAACAUAUCCGAAUUUUCUUAACAAUUACAAGAAUCCAGAAUUUUUGCAAUCAAGAGUUAUAUUGGCAGGAACAAUUGAAACGGUUGACAUCAUAAAUCAAUACGUUUUGGGAUUCAUACCAGGUGAAGAAAAGGAAUAUUUAAGUUCAGAUUCUGUAGACACUUUUGACGGUGAAGGAAAUGAAGCUUUUGAUGUUUUGACCCCGGAAUUUUUGAAUACACUUACAACUUUCGGUCUACCUAACCACAAGAUUAAAUUGAAGAUUGGGACCCCUAUUAUGUUGCUUCGAAACAUUGAUCAACCUGAAGGUCUCUGCAAUGGAAUAAGGCUUAUAGUUCCAAGAUUGGAAAACCACGUUAUCGAGGCAAAGAUUAUAUCUGGAAAGAAUAUUGGAGGGGUUAUCUAUAUUCCAAGAAUGGAUAUGACUCCAACACAAUCUCCGUGGCCAUUCAAAAUGACUAGAAGGCAAUUUCCCAUAACUAUAUGUUAUGCUAUGACAAUUAACAAAUCUCAAGGUGAGUCAUUGGAUUAUGUUGGAUUGUAUUUGCCUAGAAGUGUAUUUAGUCAUGGUCACCUAUAUGUUGCAAUAUCAAGGGUCAAAAGCAAAAAAGGGCUUAAGAUAUUAAUCCAUGACAAGGAUAACCAUCCAUUGAAUUCUACAACAAACGUCGUGUUCAAAGAAGUUUUUGAAAACUUAUAG